AUGCAUCCCUUGUCCCAGACCCUCGCGCUUGCGGCCCUGGCUGCAGUGGCAGUUGCAUCACCCGUUGCAGAUCCCGCUGUCACCCAGCCUCCGAGCCUGGCCAAGCGAGCAACUUGCACCUUCUCUGGUUCCAACGGUGCAUCCCAGGCCAGUGCGUCGCAGAAGGCAUGCGCCACCAUCGUCUUGUCCAACGUUGAUGUGCCUGCGGGACAGACUCUGGAUCUCACCUCCCUGAACGACGGGACUACGGUCAUCUUUGAGGGCAACACGACCUGGGGCUACCAAGAGUGGCUAGGGCCUCUCGUAAGCAUUGCAGGCAAUUUCAUCACCGUCCAGGGUGCUUCUGGCGCCAUUCUCAAUGGAAACGGCUCCCGCUGGUGGGACGGAAAGGGCGACAAGGGCAAGGUCAAGCCCAAGUUCUUCGCCGCCCAUAACCUCCAGUCCUCGUCCAUCAACAACGUCUACCUCAAGAACACGCCCCAUCAGGCUGUCAGCAUCAACUCUUGCACCAACUUGACCGUCACUGGCAUGACCGUUGACGACAAGGACGGUGAUACCCAGGGUGGUCACAACACUGAUGGCUUUGACAUCGGCAGCAGCACCGGUGUGGUCAUUGACGGAGCCCAGGUGUACAACCAGGACGACUGCGUUGCUGUCAACUCUGGCACCAACAUCAUAUUCAAGAACGGUCUUUGCUCUGGCGGUCACGGACUGUCGAUCGGCAGUGUCGGUGGCGGAAACACUGUUGAUACGGUCCGUUUCCAGGAUUCCCAGGUCAUCAACUCGGACAACGGUAUCCGCGUCAAAGCAAAAGCAAACCAGACCGGUGCUAUUAAGAGCGUCACGUACUCUAACAUCACCAUCUCGGGGAUUGCAAACUACGGUAUCCUCAUCGAGCAAAACUACAACAACGGCGACCUCCACGGCCAGCCCACCGCCGGGGUGCCCAUCACCAACCUCACCAUCCAGCAAAUCAAUGGCCAGGGUGGAGUCAAGUCCGGCGGCACGAACAUUGCCAUCGUCUGCGCCAACUGCUCGAACUGGACAUGGUCCGGUGUCACCGUAACUGGCGGCAAGGACUACGGCUCGUGCCAGGGUGUGCCUGCUCCGGCCACUUGUAAGACGAGCUAA